AUGCCACCGACUGCCACAACCCGCUCACAAUGGGUUGGCUUAGACGGAGCGUCAUGUUUCCUCUCACAAACUAUCACAAACGCCGAAAAGUCUCUCCAUGCUAGACAGAACUCCAACGGCCCAGACCCCAGUGGAUCGCCGGCCCCCAUAAACACCCUCCUCCCACCCCCCAGCUCCUCCGGCCCUCCGCCGCCAGACUCCGACAGCCAAUUCCAAAUAGCCGGCCUCAGCCGCUCCAUCUUCAUCGUCGUGAUAGUCAUCGGCGUGGUAGUUUUGACAGUCCUUUCUUUCCUCGCCGUCUGCUGCUUCAAGCGCUGGAAAAGAAACAGACCAGCAGUAGAACACAUGCUCUCCGUGCAAAUGCAGGACAUCGACCACAUCAGCCAUUUCGGCGACGCCCCGCGCCCCGACUCGACCACACUCCCCAUGCAGAACGCACUGCAAUCAAAAUCCGAGGGCACACUCCCCCACCUCGACGGGAACGCAGCAGUAGGGAGCCCGCUGGGAACCAUGCUAAACCGAUUCCACAGUCCGAGCAACAGCGCGUCGCACCGCCGCCUGGGCUCAGGUGACAGUACAUACAGCAGCCGUGUCACGACAUCGGCCUGGGAUAACGAUCACCCCACACGGACUGUCGGCAGAAGCGCCAAUGUACCGCCCACGCCUAGCCUCUGUGGGCCGUCGUCGGGCACUUAUCAGGGAGUUUCAGUGUCGUCCCAGCCGUCUACCCCUGGGGCGCCUUUCUCACCGGUUCCAUUUUCGGCUUAUCGCUCGCCCUCGAUCACGUCGCUGGAGUCAAAUCCACCUCGGAUUCCCGCCAGGGGAAAGCGACCGUUUAUGGAUACUAUAAUGUCUGUGCCGAGGCCACUGUCGAUAUCCAACAAGCUAAGGAAGAAGAUACGGCCGAUUACAGAAAAUAAGGCGGCUUCAGAGCCGGCUCUGGGGGCCCCUGUAGCCACGUUUGCAGGGUUUGGGAGGGCGAGUGCAGGGAGUAUGAGUAAUUGGGUCAGCUGGUGGGAGAGCAGUAGCGAUGAGGAGGAGGAGGAGGAAGAAGCGGCGACAAAGAGGAAAAAGCGGAAGAAAUAA